GAAAUUCAGUCCAUUUUACAUCCUCGUUUCUCUCUCUCUCUCAUCUACUCUUCUCUUUCAACUCAUCAUCCAUUAGAGAUUCAGAAGUCUACCUCUCUCUGUUUGGGGAUCACACAAAGAUUCGGGAUUCAAAGACCAAUUCCAAGACUAAAUUUCCAAUCUUGACCACAAAUUGUAGCUGAGCUUUUCCUUUCUAGAGAAUUAAUGGAUCCGAGAUUCAGGGGAUUCUCUACUGCGAGAAAUGGAAUCCAACUGGAAUUUAAUCCAGAUUCAUCAUGUUUACCUGAUAAUAACCUAAUUGGAGGACCUAGAUUUCAGACUCCUUUGUCGAAUAACAGUUUUGGUGGAUUUUCCAUCAUUCCAGAUAACCCUGUUAACCCUUUUCCAAAUCCUAGAUUCCAGUCUGUGUUUGCGGAUCAUGGAAGUUCAUUCACGAGCUACGAAUUCGGGAUUCCUUUCCAUUCGAAUGAUGACGCUCCAACAAACAAUUUGGUUUCUACUUCCACUUUAACCUAUGAAGAAGAUCCUCAUGAAGACUGUGAUUUCUCAGAUGCAGUUUUGCAAUACAUAAACCAGAUCCUUAUGGAAGAAGAUAUGGAAGAGAAAACCUGCAUGCUUCAAGAGUCUUUAGAUCUUCAAGCUGCUGAGAAAUCAUUCUACGAUGUCAUUGGAAAGAAGUAUCCACCAUCGCCUCAAAUCGAUCGAGCUAACAAUAAUGUUGAGAUUUCAGAUGAAUACAAUUAUGUCUAUAGUGGAAGCAACAGUAGUAGUAACAAUGGUCCACGCUCGUCGGUUACCUCAUCAAACAGUGCUAACAAUGGUGUUAUUGAUGGCUGUUUCCUUGACUCCCCAAUAAGCCCUCUUCAGAUAUCAGAUCUAUAUGGCGGUAACCAGUCUGUUUGGCAGUUCAAUAAGGGAGUUGAAGAAGCAAACAAAUUUCUUCCCAAAAGUAGUGAAUUGUUGAUUAAUUUUGCAGCCAACAAAACGCCGGUUAAGGAGGAAGAUUCGUCGUCACCCUUCUCUCCCAAAGAGCUGAAAGGUAGGAAGAAUCCUUAUAGAGAGGAGGAAUGUGAUUUAGAAGAAGAAAGGAGUAGUAAACAAGCAGCUGUUUUUCCAGAUGCAACAGUUCGAUCAGAAAUGUUCGACAAGGUAUUGCUUUGUAGUAUGGGGAGUGGCGAAAUCGCUUUGAAAGAAUAUCGAGAAGAACUUAAAAACGAGAUAGACAAAAGAACGCAGCAAAACAGUACUACUAGCAUGUCUAACAAAGGCCGUGGAAAGAAACAAGUUGUUAAAAAGGAAGUAAUCGAUUUGAGAAACCUUUUGAUUCAUUGCGCUCAAGCAGUUGCAGCUGAUGAUCAAAGGUGUGCCAACGAAUUACUAAAGCAAAUCCGACAACACUCUUCCCCUUUUGGCGAUGGAAACCAAAGAUUAGCUCAUUGUUUAGCUGACGGUCUCGAGGCUCGUUUGGCCGGAACUGGAAGCCAAAUCUAUAAAGCCUUUCUCAGCCGAAAAACAUCAGCUGUCGAUUACCUAAAAGCAUACCAUCUAUACCUGGCAUCAUGUCCCUUCCGAAAGAUGUCAAAUUUCACAUCAAACAAGACGAUAAUGCUCAAUGCAGAAAAGUCAACGCGAUUACACGUUAUUGAUUUCGGUAUCCUCUACGGUUUCCAAUGGCCAACGCUAAUCCAACGCAUUGCCCAAAGAGAAGGCGGCCCUCCGAAGCUUCGAAUUACUGGAAUUGAGUUUCCCCAACCAGGGUUCCGCCCUGCAGCAGGAGUUGAAGAAACCGGUCGCAGGCUAAAGGACUAUGCUAAAACCUUCGACGUACCUUUCGAGUACAAUGCCAUCGCGAAGAAUUGGGAUUCAAUCACGAUCCAAGACCUGAAACUAGACGACGACGAGUAUGUUGUCGUCAAUUGCCUAUACAGAUCGAAAAACUUGCAUGAUGAGACGGUUUUAGCUGAUAGUUCUAGAAAUAUAGUUCUAAAUCUAAUUAGGAAGAUAAAUCCUAAUCUUUUUAUACACGGGGUUUUAAACGGGUCAUAUAAUGCCCCGUUUUUUGUGACCCGGUUCAGGGAGGCUCUAUUCCACUACUCGGCGUUAUUUGACAUGUUGGAAACGAACGUUCCGAGAGAGUAUCACGAGAGGAUGUUGAUCGAGAGGGAGGUGUUUGGGAAGGAAGCGUUAAAUGUUAUAGCUUGUGAAGGGUGGGAAAGAGUGGAGAGACCCGAGACUUAUAAACAAUGGCAAGUUAGGAAUAUGAGGGCGGGAUUUGCCCAGGUUCCGUUUAAUAGGGAUAUUGUCGAAAAGGCGGUUUGGAAGGUGAGGACGAGUUACCAUAAGGAUUUCGUGAUCGAUGAGGAUAGUAUGUGGCUGUUGCAGGGAUGGAAGGGGCGAAUUAUAUACGCUCUAUCGUGUUGGAAACCUGUAUAACUUUUGAAGAUUUACAAAGUCUUUUUCACUUUUGUAGGCAAAUUUUCAAAAAAUCUGUAUGAACUUUGAUACUCUACUGAUCAAAUAUCAAAUACAAAGUAGUUGAAGAUAUGAGUCAAUUUGGAAACUUGGUGAUACUUAAUUUUCUUCAUUUAUUAAUUUUUUGGA